CGCGCGGCGCAGCCCGGCCCGGGAGGAGCAGGACGCGCCGGGGCCGCCUCCUCCCGCACGGACCGAUGAGCCAGCCGGGCGGCGCGGCGGCUCCGCAGGCUGACGGAGCCAGUGCAGCCAGAAGGAAAAGCACGGUUAGCAGGGAGCGCUUGAAGCGCAGUCAGAAGAACGCCAAGGUGGAGGGCCCAGAGCCAGUGCCUGCUGAGGCCUCGCUGAGUGCUGAGCAGGGGACGAUGACGGAGGUGAAGGUGAAAACGGAACUGCCGGACGACUACAUACAGGAGGUCAUCUGGCAGGGCGAGGCCAAGGAGGAGAAGAAGGCGGUGGGCAAGGAUGGAACUGGCGAUGUACCUGCCGAGAUCUGCGUGGUGAUCGGCGGCGUCCGCAACCAGCAGACCCUGGAUGGAAAAGCUCCAGAAGGCAGCCCCCACGGUGGAUCUGUUCGGAGCCGGUAUUCAGGGACCUGGAUUUUUAACCAAGCUUUGAGAUAUGCAUCUGGGUCCUACGAAUGUGCGAUCUGCGGCAAGAAGUACAAGUACUACAACUGCUUCCAGACCCACGUGCGGGCGCACCGAGAUACCGAAGCCACCUCAGGGGAGGGAGCCUCCCAGAGCAACAAUUUCAGGUACACCUGUGACAUCUGCGGAAAGAAAUACAAAUACUACAGCUGUUUCCAGGAACACAGAGACCUCCACGCCGUGGAUGUGUUCAGUGUGGAAGGGGCUCCCGAGAAUCGGGCAGACCCCUUUGACCAAGGUGUUGUGGCCACGGAUGAAGUGAAGGAGGAGCCUCCGGAGCCUUUCCAGAAAAUUGGACCAAAAACCGGCAAUUACACCUGUGAGUUCUGCGGGAAGCAGUACAAGUACUACACGCCCUACCAGGAGCAUGUCGCCUUACAUGCGCCCAUCAGUACCGCCCCCGGGUGGGAGCCGCCGGAAGAUCCGGACACCGGUUCUGAGUGUUCCCAUCCAGAGGUCACCCCAUCUCCACGCUUCGUGGCAGCGAAGACCCAGACGAACCAGUCGGGGAAAAAAGCUCCGGCCUCCGUGGUCCGAUGUACCACCCUCUUACACCGUACCCCUCCAGCUACCCAAACUCAGACGUUCCGCACUCCAAACUCGGGAUCUCCAGCAAGCAAGGCAACCGCAGAAAGCACCUUCAGCCGGCGGGUAGAAGGAAAAGCACAGAACCACUUUGAGGAGACCAACAGCAGCUCACAGAAUUCCAGUGAACCCUACACGUGCGGUGCCUGUGGGAUUCAGUUUCAGUUCUACAGCAACCUGCUGGAGCACAUGCAGUCCCAUGCAGCCGACAGUGAAAACAACAUCGCCUCCAACCAGUCCCGAUCUCCACCUGCUGCAGUGGAAGAGAAGUGGAAACCUCAGGCCCAGAGGAACAGUGCCAACAACACCACAACUAGUGGUUUGACACCCAACAGUGUAAUCCCCGAGAAGGAGCGGCAGAACAUCGCAGAACGGCUGCUGCGGGUCAUGUGUGCUGACCUGGGUGCACUGAGCGUGGUCAGUGGGAAGGAGUUCCUCAAGUUGGCCCAAACCCUGGUAGACAGUGGCGCCCGCUAUGGGGCCUUCUCCGUCACCGAGAUCCUGGGCAACUUUAACACAUUAGCACUGAAGCACCUGCCACGCAUGUACAACCAGGUGAAGGUGAAGGUGACAUGUGCCCUGGGCAGCAAUGCCUGCCUGGGCAUCGGUGUUACGUGCCACUCCCAAAGUGUGGGCCCUGACUCCUGCUACAUCCUUACAGCCUACCAGGCUGAGGGCAACCACAUCAAGAGUUAUGUGCUAGGUGUGAAGGGUGCAGACAUUCGUGAGAGCGGUGACUUGGUGCAUCACUGGGUGCAGAACGUGCUGUCAGAGUUUGUGAUGUCAGAGAUCCGGACCGUGUAUGUCACCGACUGCCGAGUGAGCACAUCCGCCUUCUCCAAGGCUGGCAUGUGCCUUCGCUGCUCAGCCUGUGCCUUGAACUCAGUGGUGCAGAGUGUGCUGAGCAAGCGGACGCUGCAGGCCCGCAGCAUGCAUGAGGUCAUCGAGCUGCUCAAUGUGUGUGAGGACCUAGCAGGCUCUACGGGCCUGGCCAAGGAGACCUUUGGCUCUCUGGAGGAGACAUCACCACCACCCUGCUGGAACUCCGUGACCGACUCGCUGCUUCUGGUCCACGAGCGCUACGAGCAGAUCUGCGAGUUCUACAGCCGUGCCAAGAAAAUGAACCUCAUCCAGAGCCUCAACAAGCACUUGCUGAGCAACCUGGCCGCCAUCCUGACGCCCGUGAAGCAGGCGGUCAUUGAGCUCAGUAAUGAGAGCCAGCCCACCCUGCAGCUGGUGCUGCCCACCUACGUCCGGCUAGAGAAACUGUUCACAGCCAAAGCCAACGACGCAGGCACGGUCAGCAAGCUGUGCCAUCUCUUCCUAGAAGCACUCAAGGAGAACUUCAAGGUGCACCCAGCCCACAAGGUGGCCAUGAUCCUGGAUCCUCAGCAGAAGCUUCGGCCAGUGCCACCCUAUCAGCAUGAGGAGAUCAUCAGCAAGGUGUGUGAGCUCAUCAAUGAGGUGAAGGAGUCCUGGGCUGAGGAGGCCGACUUUGAGCCCGCCACCAAGAAGGCACGUUCAGCCACCGGCGAGCACCCCACAGCUCAGGAAGAUGACCGGCUGGGCAAGAAUGAAGUAUACGACUACCUUCAGGAACCCCUCUUCCAGGCCACUCCCGACCUCUUCCAGUACUGGUCAUGUGUGACCCAAAAGCACACGAAACUUGCCAAGCUCGCCUUCUGGCUCCUGGCUGUUCCUGCUGUGGGGGCUCGAAGCGGGUGUGUAAAUAUGUGUGAACAAGCACUUCUGAUCAAAAGGAGGCGGCUGCUCAGCCCGGAAGACAUGAACAAGCUCAUGUUUUUGAAAUCUAACAUGCUUUAAGACUCAACUUUGGGGAACAACAAACAAACAAAAAAAAAGACGUAAAGAAGAAAAACGUUAGGAAAACACACACAACACUGUCACAAAGAAAUUUAAGUUCUAAACACUGUGGAACCUCAUUGUAAAUGCCCCCUGGAAACUUAAGUGCUUUUUUUUCCAGUGUGUGUGUAUGUUUGUGUGUAUGUAUAUUUGUGUGUGUGUGUGUGUGUGUGUAUGCACAUGUGUCCACACCCACACGUGACAUUUUGUGUGGGUAAAGGGUAUAGGGAGCUCAUGCUUGAAUGCACAGCCAGAGAAGCUCCACACGUGCAUGGCGCGCGCGCGCGCGCGCGCACACACACACACACACACACACACACACACACACGCAUGCACACACACACACAUACACACAAACCUGGUGCGUGUAUGCAUGCCUGUCCUCGGGUGUGUGUGCAUUGAGCUGGGUGUGUCAGGAAAGCCGAGAGACUGGGAAAGCAGGAUGGCUUCACUUUCCUUGGGCAGGGGCUCUAAGGACUCCGUUUUCAGGUGUGCAGAUUGGGAGAAGCUGAGAUUGUGAAAUGUUCAGGCAGCUGAGGGCUGAAGUGGCUUGAACUCCCAUCCCCGACCCGAGCCCUUCCUUUCCAUUCCUCCGUCCCUUCAACCCAUGGUGCCCAUCCUCUGGCCCGGCUGCUCUGACAGAUUCUCCAAACUGCAUCAGAUGGACAGUUUCUGCACUGGACUUCAUUUCUUGUUUCACCUUCAGGGCAUUAAGCUGCUGUACCCGUGACCUCCCCUUGGAUGUCUGGGUCAGCUGCCUUAGAAUACACACUAUCUAUCUCCCCAAAUCAGGAAAGGAGACUUUAAAAAUAUAAAGCUGAUGUUUUACUUUUUAAUAUAAGAGAGAGAGAGAAAAAAAAAAACAUUUUUUUCCAGAGAUGUAUAACUGACUCUACACUCAAGGUUUUUUUUUCAUUUUGUUUGUUUGUUUGUUUGUUGUUUGUUUUUUUCCUCCAAUGCUUUAGCAAUUUUUUUAUCUUUUGGGGGAUUCAAUUUCCUUUCACAUUGACUUAGACUCUGCUGGGAGGCACUGAAUAUCAUAACUUAUGUUCUAGAGUUUUGUUUCAUGUUUUUCUUCCUCUUCUACUGCUCAAGUCACACUGUAAACUAGCUCAUCUCAGUGGUGGUAUUCAGGACUCACAAAACAAAGAUCAAGGAUAUAGCUGUGUGUCUGGAGUAGGGAGUGGAGAGGAGACGUGGUUCUUUGACUGUGGGGUUUGGUGGAAGCCAUAGUGGGCAGCAUGUGGCUUUUGGGGUCCUGAAUGUCAGCGAGCGAGCUGCUGCCUGGUUCCUGCCUGUGGUAGUGUGAAUGUCCACCUCAUGAAUGUUUGCCCCUGGACUGACUCCUUCCUGCUGCUCACCACAUGCUGACCUCCAGCUCUGCGGGGACUGUGAUUUACUCACUCCACAUUUGUGUCUACCAGACCCACAGUCCCUCUCCCUCCCCAGAUCCCAGGGGUUCUGGGAGCUUAUAACCCUCAGAGGUCCUCACAGGCACCUCAGACCUGUAGUCAGGGCAGUGGUGGGGCACAGUACGUUGCUGGCUGAACAUCCUGUGGGUGGAUGCGCUUGAUUCGAUUUUAUGCUGUGAAAGGAGCUGUUAGCCCUCACUCUGACCCCCCUGGCCAGGAGCUAGUGUUUCUACACACAGACCAGAUGCCGAGAGGGGAUGCCAUUCUCUUCAGAGGAUGACGGGCACAACCACCCCAUAAAUAAAGACCUUGGUAUCCCUGAUUCUUCAGUGACCACAGCUGUGGGAUGGGGGUGCAUACACAUCAGGCUGAGAAUGUCCACCCCUGUGGGGCUAUUUGCCAAAGCACCUCUACCACCUGGGGCUUGGACUGCCCUCCUCUUCUAGUCAUAAAGCAUUAUUCAACUGAAAGAUACCUCGACUUCAAAAGCACUGUACCCAUGGCCCUCUCCCCCCAGUCCCCAGCAGGACAGGAGUGAGGAGGGUUUAAAGACACAAAGGCUUCCGGUUCUCUUCAAGGUUUCAGAACACUGUCCUUGAGGACUAAGCCUGCACUCUCUGCCUCACAAGACGAACCCAGCUCUCCUGCAGAGUCUCAGAUACACAGAUAAAUCAGAGGAGGCAAUACUCACAUUCACUCCAGCAAGCUAUGUUCUCAGGAACCACCAUACAAUCUCUCCUCCAGGGGGACUUCCAGGCAUUUUCAGCACAGUGUCUUCAACUUGGGUCUUAACCAUCAGAGGAACCUCUGUCCACAGUGGAGAAAUCUAGACAGGAACUCAGAGUCGCUCCCUGAAGAAUGAAGGAAUGUCUUCAGACUGCUUGGGGAACAUUCCAGGAGGUGGGCUCUGGAUAGCUAAGGGACAGUCUCCCUCAGCUGUUGGGGAAGGGGACACAACCUGGCACUUGUAGCCACACUGGGAGCUGAGUGCGGUCAGUGAGAACAGAUCCUCAGGCAGAGCUGGUUUGAGCUGCUGUGAGUGGCUGACCAUCAGCCAAGCCCAGAUGUACAUUUCAAGCAUUCUUUUCGGAGCAUGGAACAUUCGCCCUCCAGAAAGAACAUUAGUGUGAAACUCCAGGCUCCUGGUCAGAGGUCGUUACAUCCUGUCCAGUUCAUUGGCACCUUGAAUCUAUCCCUGGGCUGAGAUCGUCUCUGUAGGUUCAAUGUGAGCCCCAGUCAGUCCUCAGAAACCUGUCUCCCAGGCUGCCUCGUCCUCACAGAUUAUAAGGUGGCAGGCUGUCAAUCAUUUCUCUCUAGUGUCAUCAACCAGAAAGACUGCACCCGGUGUCUGCUGUCAUGUGGGCCAUCUCACAGUGCAUGCACAUCCUGCAGCAAACAGCUCAAUAAAUCCCAAAGAUCUCCCAGGCCCAGCCACAGGCCCCAUCAACAGCAAUAGCCACCUUACCAAAUUCUACUUCAGCCAAAGCACUAAGAUGGGCUCUUCCAGUUCCUCUCCAAUGGCCUGGGCUGGCCUUGACCUUCAGAAAGAUUUUGUCAUCUGCCUCCUGGUUCUGUGACCACUAAAGGUCUUCACACCAUAGGCUUUUGGGGUCUGGGAGACCAGGAAGCUGGGCCAUUUCUGUCCUGUUCUCAUAGCUUACCUCAAGCUGUAUGAUUCCCUGGCCAAAAAAAAAUGGUCUUUGCUUUGACAUCCCUGAAUCCAAACAUGGAAGUAGAGAAGAUGCACUUCCAUUAGCAAGGUUCUCCGUGAAUCUGAGGUCACUUUGUUUCCCCCAAUGAAGCCCAAGACAAGGCCUGCAGCUUGUUGGCCUGCAGGAUUCAACAUUCAAGAGGUCUCAGGUCUGUGAGGAGUGAUUGUCCAUGGAAACACUUGAUCUCAGCAUGACUCUGUUCCCAACACCCAGGUCUACCGGCCAAGCCUCCCUUGCAUGGCAUUCAGCAACCAGGAAGCAAGAUGGGUGCUGAGCACAGCUGUCUGCAUUUCAUCCCUAGGGGUUGCCUGCGCAGGAAGCCAUGGGACACAGCACAUAUGAUGUCACCAUCCCACUUGAUGGCUUCACAUUUGGCCUUGUGGGGCUGGCUCUGGGCUGAGGGAAAGGUACCUGUCUCCUGGUGAGAAGGGCAGCUGGUAACACUGAUGAGAACUCAGCUCCAGGGUUGUAGGAAGGAAGAGUCUUCAUUUCAGUUUGACAGAUUUUAUCUCCUGCACUUUGAAGAGUUGGAAGAAUUCUACAAGGCAUGUUUUCCACUGUGAAGCUUUGGAGCCCAAGGUUCCCUAUUUUCCUGGCCUCAGGCUAGACUGCCCAAGGAGUGGGGACACCUGAGGAGAGUCUGGGCACCAUACAUACUCACCCUGAGGACACAGGGUCACCAAGAAGGAUCAAAGCUGGGACGUAGGUCAAGGGAUACCCUGUGAGAUGCCACCCAGACCUUGCCAUGACAUGCUUGAAGAGGGGCCCUCGGUAUCCAUGAGCUGGGCCCAGCCCCGAGCUGCCUGGCCUUGGCAGUGCUGUGACACUAUUGUGUCUGGAAUAUAUCUAGAGGAAGGCUUCUGGGGGGCAGAACCAAGAGACUGAGUCUCAGGCUAUACCCUGGAGACAGUGCACAGGGCUCCAGUCCCCAGGGCAGUGGGAGAACUGGCAAGGAGGCCGGCCCUCCCUUUCACUGUGGCUAAUGUUUGCUAGGCCAGUUAUGGUGAACCAAUGAUACAGUGUUCUCUCUUGGGUUUCCUUCCUGUCUCCCCUUGGCAGGGGCUCCAGGGGGAUUCUAUGGCUGGGGUGGUUUGUUUGUUUUUUUUUUUCCUGUCUCCUUUGGAUCUGAGGAUGGCAGUCUAGAGAGCCCUGGCUUGGACCAAGGGAACCUGUGGUCUCUGAGCAGAUGUAGUCCUCACAUGGAAGAGGGUGGCACCUUCAGGGUUCCACUCCCGUAUGGGAAGUUGACAAGGCUUAGGGUUGGCAUGAGCAUCAUAACCCACCAAGGUCCUACCCACCCAAGCAUCCCGUUGGGCACCUUGACUCUUUGAACCAAAGUUCCUUAAGGGGCACAGCCUGGCCUUGUCCUUAGGGCCCUGAAUUUGCAGGCCAGCCAGAAGGAGGGCUCCUCCCACAACCCAGGUGCCCAAAGGCUCUCCUGGGACCCUUCUCCCACCCAGCCAGGGUGGGUGGCUUCCCAGGCAGGGCUCAAGCUUGUGGCCCGAUGCAGGCUGAGGGUCUGGCCAGCCAGGAAAGAGCAAGAGCCAUGUGGCAGGGCCUUCUGGACCCCAAGCAUCAGGAAACCAUUUUGUACAACAACCUGGAGCAGAGAUAUUUUUUAAGAGGCAUGAGUUAUUUUCAGUUGUCUCCUGAUCCUGUCUUUUUUUUUCCUUUGCCCCACAACUUCAUGUGGGUGAUCCGUUCACAUCAGGUAAAUCUUGAGAACGCCUUGGUGCCCCCAUCCCUCCUGCCCUCCUACUCAGUGACCACAUGUGUGCGCCCCCAUCCUGUCUCAGUAGUAAAGACGUUCUAGGCAAUACCAUAGACACAUCCGUGUCUCGCUUCAAGUGCAAGAAACUCAAGUCAUCUUAAAAAAAAAAAUUAAAAACACAAAAAAAUUUACAAAAAAGCAAACACACACACAAAAAAAUAUCUUUUUUAGGCCAGAGUUUUCUACAGGUAUUAAUGAAUAUUUUUCUUAAUCCUUAUAAGUUUUAUGUGUUUAAUAUUUCUUAAUACCAGUAGCAUUAAUUUAUACUUUUGUAGCAACAUAAUAUUUUUAUAAACAGCCAGCGCUUGGCUCAAGUCUUCACGGGGGUUUAUGCAGGGCUAUCUUAGGGACCCUGUGUACCAUGUACUGUAUUUAAAAAAAAAAAAGUUACCUAGUGUCACACUUGCUGUGUUAAUUAACAAAGAUGUCGUUGGUGGUCUCCUGUAUCGAUGGUGUGGAUCCAGCAGUCCUUCAAGGAGCCACAUUGCAUGGGGGUUGAGUUGCCGGUUCUUGUGAUACAUAAACUCCCAAGGCCAAACUUGCGGGUUUCUUUAGGGUUUUCUGUGUGUCCUUUGGGGUGUUUUGGUUUGGUUUGGAUACUGUUUCUCCAUUUUACAGCCAAGUUGAUUUCAUGAUGUUUAAAAAUUUUACUGAUGUUAAAUGGAGGAAAGGGACAGAAAAAAAUUUUAAAAAGAGAGAUUUUUACAAAGUAAUAAAAUUUAAAACUGAGCUGUUUCAAUGUUGCUGUUUUUACCUGUCUGUUCUUGUCCAAAAGUGGAAUGUUCCCAUGGAGAAGAAAAAGGUUCCACUGCAUUCCUUAAGUCACCAAAAGCCCCAGCCCAAGAAUCAGUUCCUCCCCCAACUCCCAAACCAUCUCCCAGUUGGUUGAUGCCAAGGCAAAAAGACAUGCUCUCAAUGACUAGAGGGUCAGUCGCCUAGUGUGUUCACAAGUUCAUGUCAGUGUUGUAUUUAUGGUUUUACAAUAAAACGACUUUAGGAA